GACGCUACCGAGAUGAUGUACCUUCAGCGCAUAUAAUAGCAGCAUCCUUUUGUUCGGUGGUUAACUCAGACGCAAUAUUUUGUCCUCCCCUCCCCCUUGAAUGGCAGCCAUUAUCUAUCUCACCGUUUACUUCCUUCUCUCUAUCUCCGCACUAGAGUUUAUCAGGCGUUUGGCAAAAAAAUCAUUCCACAGUCACAAGCCACUACUGCCGCCCGGUCCUUCGCCUCUCCAUAUAGUGGGAAAUGUGCUUCAGAUCGACACUCAAGAGCCCUGGAUCACUUACACGAACUGGGGAAAGACAUAUGGUGAUAUCGUCUACUCCCGUUUUCUCAACCAGGACGUUAUUAUUAUCAAUUCAGAGAGAGUGGCCAAAGAUCUUUUGGACCUUCGCUCGAAGAAUUACUCUGACAAGCCGGUCGUGGCUUCUCUUGAGAUGUGAGUGCACCAUACGUCUAAAGCUCCUACAAUAUUCCAUCGUAGCGAUAUUUGACAGAUUUGGAUGGUCGUGGAACACGAUUGCACUCAACUAUGGCGACACUUGGCGACAGCAUAGGCGGGUGUACCACCAGGCUUUUCGAGCAGAAGCAGCGUCCAAGUACCGUCCUCUUCAAAUGCGCAAAGUGCACCAGUUAUUGAUCAACUUGCUCGAGGCACCCGAUGCAUUUGCCACUCACUUCAGCACGUAUGUCUCCUGGAUGAAAUACCUCGUCAAGGCUCCCCGUGCAUACUUACUUCCACAGACUGUCUGCAUCGAUUAUCAUGGCCGUCACGUACGGCUACCAUCCAUUGCCCCGUAACGACCCUCUUGUGACACUUUGCGAUACCGC